CGUUGGAGUCCCCCUUCAAGGCCUAAGCAAAGCAAAUUGGUAGGGCUUUCGAGUGUCAGCCAUGGUGGUAUUGGCAGCUCUAUACUGUAUGACAUCUUCAGUUGUAGCCCACUAUACGAAGUCUUCCCCUUAUCCUUCGCAAUCGGGUUCAAUGGACACCGAAUUGUCAUUCACGAAACGUAAAGCCUUGCUGUGUUCUUCUUCUUUGAUGUUGUCAGGUCUUUCUUGGUUUAAGUCUAACUCUGCCUUGGCAUUACAAGUUGAUGAACUUCAGCAACAAGAAGAAAGAAUUGUUGAACUCUUCCAGGAAAUUUCACCUUCUGUUGUCUUCAUUAAAGACCUUGAAUUGACUAAAGUUCCCAAGAACUCUGCCCAGAUCGCUGCAUUAGAUGAUGAAAAUGCAAAAGUGGAAGGGACAGGUUCAGGCUUCAUUUGGGAUCAGUUUGGUCACAUUGUUACUAACUAUCAUGUUGUUGCCAAGUUAGCUACAGAUAGAAGUGGACUACAGCUCUGUAAGAUAUCACUGGUGGAUGCUAGAGGGAACAAUUUUUCCAGAGAAGGAAAGAUUGUUGGUUAUGAUCCAGAUUAUGAUCUUGCUGUUUUAAAGAUUAAUGUAGAAGGAGAUGAACUGAAACCAGUAACUCUCGGUACAUCCCAAGGCCUCCGUGUUGGUCAGAGCUGCCUUUCCAUUGGAAAUCCAUAUGGAUAUGCAAACACUUUAACAACAGGGGUCAUCAGUGGACUGGGCAGAGAGAUACCUUCACCAAAUGGAAGAGCCAUUAAAGGAGCUAUUCAAACUGAUGCCGCUAUUAGUGCUGGUUAUCUUCUACUUUCCUUGAAAUUUCUUUAAUCUUAGAUUGAUGAA